UUCAAUUGCAACAACAAUGAACCUUCCUCCAUGUGCAAGCAACAACCAUGAAGCUUCCUCCAUGUGCAAGAAUGACAAAUGGAGCUUCCAUACACCGAAGAGUACACCUAGGAGUGACCUUCCUUCCAACCACCAUUGAAGCUUCCUUCCACCUUCAUAGUACCUAGUUUUGGUGCUAUAAAUAGAGAGCUUGGAGAGUCUUUCUAUCAUCAAGCAAUUUAGAUCAUAGAUUAGAAUACCACAACCAAGUUUGAGUUGUGAAUAUCCUUGAGAGAUAUGUGAGGUGUUUUGAGAGUUUUUAGUUAGAGCUUGUAUGUCUCUUCUUUCUAUUCUUGAAAGUAAUAGAAGUGUUUUUCUCUCAUAUUAGCACGAUCCUGUUAUUCCCAACAAGUGGUAUCAGAGACUGGUUGAGGUUUUGAUAUUUUUCCCAGAUUUUUUCAGAUAAAAUUCUAUUGUCUGAAAAAUCGAGUUUUUCAGUAUUGCUCGGAAUUGUAAUCUGAAUAUACCGUUGGAUUCGUCUCGUCGAGACGAGAAAACUGGUAUUUUUGGGGAUUUUUUUUGGCCACCGGAAGCUGCCGUACGCGCCGCCAAACGCCGGCCAAAAACUGCCUGCGUCAUGCUGACGUCAUCACGUGCAGACAGAGGUUGAAGACAGCUGACGUCAUCGCUGACGUCAUCAGCCAGCCAGAGCUGCGUCAGCGCCACAUGUGCAGUCCCAGCACAGUCAGCCGCCACGUCACCAGUCAACUGCCAACUUUCACCAGCGCCCAGUCAGCUGCCACGUCAUCGCCCAGUCACCGCCACGUCACUGCCACGUCACUGCCACGUCACCGAAGGUGAAAAUGACCUUUGACGAGUCAACUUCAUCUUCCGGAGCUAUGAUUAUGCUCACGGCUACCAACUACACGCUAUGGAACCUCGGAUGGAAGAUUUCCUUAGCUGUAAAGACCUUUUUGAUCCAAUAGAGAUGAAAGGUAUUAAUCCUGACCCGGCUAAGUCAACGGAAUGGAAGAAAAUUAAUAGAAAAACUAUUGGUCAAAUCCGACAAUGGAUUGACCAUAGUGUCUUCCACCAUGUUGCACAAGAAACCGAUGCUUAUACCCUUUGGAAAAAGUUAGAAGAUAUGUACCAGGCCAAGACCGCUAGGAACAAGGCCCUACUGAUGAGGCGUCUUGUUAAUAUGAAGCUCAAAAGUGGAACUUCUGUUGCCGAACAUACUAGUCAAUUUCAGAGUCUGGUAAAUCAACUAUCUUGUGUAGAAAUGCCACUUGGAGAUGAAAUGCAAUCUCUACUACUUCUUAGUUCCCUUCCUGAUAGUUGGGAGACACUAGUUGUUACUCUCAGCAACUCAGCCCCAGAUGGCAAACUUACCAUGUCUGUGGUCAAGGAUGCACUGUUCAAUGAGGAGGCAAGAAGGAAAGACAUGAGCACAGAUGAGACUCAUGCCCUUGUGACGGAGAAUCGAGGAAGAUCACAAGGAAAGCAACAAAGAAACAGUAGAGGAAAGUGGCAAAGCAGGGGCAAAAGUCGGGGGAGAUCAUCAGAUGGCCGGAAACCUUCUUAUACAUGCCACCAUUGCGGUAUAGAGGGUCACAUGAAGAAGAAUUGCUACAAAUUGCUAGAGGAGCGAGGCAAGAGCAAUUCUCAAGCGAAGAGCAAGGGUGGUGAAGCGCUCAUCACAAUCUCAGGUGAUGUGGCGUAUUGUACUAUCAAUGAUGAAACAUGCCUUCACGUCUCAAGAGAGGACACUGAAUGGGUGGUAGAUACUGCAGCAUCCUACCAUGUUACUCCCCACAGGUACUACUUCACAACUUACAAAGCUGGAGACUUUGGAGCAGUGAAGAUGGGCAAUUCCAGUUCAUCUGAAAUAGCUGGAAUUGGUGAUGUACAAAUAAAGACGAGUUCUGGGAGCACAAUCACUUUGAAAGAUGUCAGACAUGUUCCAGACCUUCGUCUCAAUCUCCUGUCAGUGGUAUGUCUUGACGAACAGGGGUAUGAAAACCACUUUAACAGGGGCACCUGGAAAAUGUCAAAGGGCGCUUUGACAAUCGCUCGAGGACAUGUUUGUGGCACAUUGUACAAAACCCAUUUGAGGAUUUGUACGGAUAGCCUGAACAUUGCUGAGGAGACUUCUCAGAAUCUGUGGCACCUGAGACUCGGCCACAUCGGUGAGAAAGGGCUGACUACCUUGAUCAAGAAGAACCUUAUCAACACCGACAAGAAUGCUGCACUGGGUCCUUGCAGUCAUUGUCUGUUUGGUAAGCAUCAUAGAGUAUCAUUUAGUUCUACUUCAGCUAAAAGAUCAGAGUUGUUAAGUUUGGUACACUCCGACGUUUGUGGUCCUUUCGAGGUGGAAUCAAUCGGUGGAAGCAGAUAUUUUCUGACUUUUAUUGAUGAUGCUUCUCGGAAAGUGUGGGUGUAUUUCCUGAUUACGAAAGAUCAGGUAUUUGAGUGCUUCAAGACAUUUCACGUCUUGGUGGAACGUGAAACGGGAAAGAAGCUGAAAUGUCUCCGAUCUGAUAAUGGAGGCGAGUAUACUUCUAAGGCGUUCGAUGCAUAUUGUAGAGAAUAUGGCAUUCGACAUGAGAAGACAGUACCACGCACCCCUCAGCACAACGGCGUUGCUGAAAGAAUGAACCGGACUAUCAUGGAGCGUGUCCGGAGCAUGCUGAAUAUGGCUAAGCUUCCGAAGUCAUUCUGGGCAGAAGCAGUCAACACCGCAUGCUAUCUUAUCAACCGAUCACCUUCAGUACCACUGAACUUUGAAGUUCCAGAGAGGCUAUGGACAUGUAAGGAUCCUACAUACUCACAUCUUAGAGUAUUUGGUUGUUCAUCAUAUGCACAUGUAUCCAAAGAGCUCAGGCAGAAGCUCGAUGCAAGAACUAUCCCAUGCAUUUUCGUUGGCUAUGGAAAUGAAGAGUUUGGAUACAGGCUAUGGGAUCCUAAGGAGAAAAAGGUGUUCAGAAGUAGGGAUGUUGUGUUCCACGAAGAUUUGACAAUAGAAGACAUUGAAAACCCCACAAUGUCUCGGAAGUCAAAUGAGGGUGUUUAAGUUUCAAAUGAAGCACCAGAAGAGGACAAAGUGCAUGAAGAUAACUCAGAAGCAGAAGAGGAGGAGACAGAAGAGAGUGCAGAGCAAGGGGAGACACAAUCCACCCCGCCAGACACAGAUGAUGGUAGCUCUUCUCAGAUGGUUCCUACUGUUCGUAGAUCUGAACGAGGGCAUAUACCAUCGACAAGGUACACAUCAUCUGAAUAUCUUUUGUUAACUGAAGAUGGAGAACCAGAGAGUUUUCAAGAAGCUGUAUCUCAUAAGGAUAAAGAAAAAUGGCUAAUAGCAAUGCAGGAUGAGUUAGAAUCUCUGCAGAAAAAUCAAACUUAUGAGAUCGUAGAACUUCCUAAAGGGAAGAAGGCACUGAGGAACAAAUGGGUGUUCAAGCUGAAGAAGGAUGCAAACGGACAAGUGGUGAAACACAAAGCUCGGUUGGUUGUCAAAGGGUUCCAGCAGAAGAAAGGAAUUGACUUUGAUGAGAUCUUUGCACCAGUUGUCAAGAUGACCUCAAUCCGAGUUAUACUUGGCUUAGCAGCAAGUAUGAACUUGGAGCUUGAACAGAUGGAUGUGAAGACAGCAUUUCUUCACGGAGAUUUGAAAGAAGAAAUCUAUAUGCAGCAGCCGGAAGGUUUUGAGAACUCAAAUGAUAAUUUUGUGUGUAAAUUAUCUAAGAGUUUGUAUGGCUUGAAGCAGGCACCAAGGCAGUGGAAUAAGAAGUUUGACUCAUGCAUGAAGAGUCAAGGCUACAAGAAGACUACUGCAGAUGAGUGUGUAUACAUCAAGAAACUUCCAGACGGUACCUUCAUUGCUCUUCUACUAUAUGUAGACGACAUGUUGAUCGUUGGGAAAGAUGCAGUGAAGAUAAACCAACUGAAGAAAGAACUCUCUAAGUCUUUUGAUAUGAAAGACUUAGGACCGGCUCGACAGAUUCUUGGGAUGCAGAUCAUUCGAGACAGGAAGAAUCGCAAGUUAUGGCUAUCUCAGGAGAAGUACAUUGAACGAGUACUUGAGAGAUUCAACAUGAAUGAUGCCAAGCCAGUAAGUGUUCCACUUGCGAAUCACUUCAAGUUGAGCAAAAGAACAUGCCCUACAUCCAAGGAAGAGAUCGGGGAGAUGUCAGCAGUUCCAUAUUCUUCAGCAGUUGGGAGUUUGAUGUACGCCAUGGUAUGCACAAGGCCAGACAUCGCACAGGCAGUGGGUACAGUGAGUCGUUUUCUCUCUAACCCCGGGAAGGAGCAUUGGGAGGCAGUCAAAUGGAUUCUCAGGUACUUGAAAGGUACCACGAAGUUAUGUCUUUGUUACGGAGGAGCUGAUCCAGUCUUGGAAGGCUACACAGAUGCUGAUAUGGCAGGAGAUACUGAUAGUAGAAAGUCUACUUCAGGAUAUAUCUACACUUUUGCAGGGGGAGCCGUUUCUUGGCAAUCAAGAUUGCAGAAGUGUGUCGCUUUAUCUACAACAGAAGCAGAAUACAUUGCUGCCGCUGAAGCAGGUAAGGAAAUGUUGUGGCUAAAGCGUUUUCUCCAAGAACUUGGGAUCCAUCAGAAAGAGUACAAGGUACAUUGUGACAGUCAGAGUGCUCUAGACUUGAGCAAGAACUCUAUGUACCAUUCUCGUACAAAGCAUAUUGACAUUCGGUAUCACUGGAUACGGGAGACGAUUGAUCAACAACUGUUGAGACUAGUGAAGAUCAAUACAAAGGAGAAUCCAUCAGACAUGCUGACGAAGGUGGUAACACGGGAUAAGCUAGAGCUGUGCAGAGACAUAGUCGGGAUGCUUGUUUUGAAUAUGCCUGGAAGGGGAGAAUUGAAGAAUUCAAUUUCCAGGUCAUAUCCAAGUACAAGCAAAUUGAAGAAUCCAAUUGCAACAACAAUGAACCUUCCUCCAUGUGCAAGCAACAACCAUGAAGCUUCCUCCAUGUGCAAGAAUGACAAAUGGAGCUUCCAUACACCGAAGAGUACACCUAGGAGUGACCUUCCUUCCAACCACCAUUGAAGCUUCCUUCCACCUUCAUAGUACCUAGUUUUGGUGCUAUAAAUAGAGAGCUUGGAGAGUCUUUCUAUCAUCAAGCAAUUUAGAUCAUAGAUUAGAAUACCACAACCAAGUUUGAGUUGUGAAUAUCCUUGAGAGAUAUGUGAGGUGUUUUGAGAGUUUUUAGUUAGAGCUUGUAUGUCUCUUCUUUCUAUUCUUGAAAGUAAUAGAAGUGUUUUUCUCUCAUAUUAGCACGAUCCUGUUAUUCCCAACAUAAAUGUCCAUUGCUUUUUAGUUUCCUCACUUAGACUACUUGCUUUUUACCUUGGCAUAUGGCGGGCACAUGUAAAAUUACAUCUAUGUAUUAUAAAAACACUUGCCAAACUGUCCAAAAUAAGCUCCCAUAGUCCCAUCCUGCUGAUCUGCUGAAGAAAUUCCAGCAGCAAAAUAAUCAAUAAAAUUCAGAAUAAGUGUCAUUAGGUGGAGGCGCUGCUAGGCGGCGACGUUGCUGGGGGACAGCGGUGUUAGACGGAGGCGCUGCUAGGCGGCAACGUUGCUAUGCAGCCAUUCUUUUGACAUCCUCCUACAUUUGAAGUCAUACAAACUGAUUAUAAAUUAAAAAUUCACACAUGAAUACACUUCUAAGACAAAUACUUUAUUGAAAACACUUGAAUUAAAUUUUAUUAGCAUAUUCUUG